AUGUGGACGCGAGAUGAUGACUUUGAUGAAUCUGAUCUUUCUUUCAUUACAAAACUUGCCGCAGUUGGAGAUUCCUACUCGGCUGGCAUUGGUGCUGGUGACCGACUUGGAACCAUUCUUAACGCUCUAGAUCCCCACAGUGAUUGGGCUUGCAGUCGCUACGACAACUCGUAUCCCUAUCUCAUCAAUACUGACAGCAGGCUGGGAGACCCUUCCACAAGAACUUUCCAGUUUCAGUCUUACUCUGGAGCGGUCACUUCUGAUGUAAUAGAAAACCAAUUCCCUCGCAUUGAUUCAAAUCAACAAGUCAUUUUGCUCUCAGCUGGUGGAAAUGACGCCGAACUCGUGACGAUUUUGAACCAGUGCAUCUUUCAGUGGGCUGUUCUGAGCGAGAGCCAAGUCACAGUAGCUAAAUUGGCAGCUUUGAGCAAGAACCUUGACUGGGCUAGCGACUAUGACUGGGAUGCCUUGGGUCGCGGUUGUGAUGCACAGUUGGAUCGCUCACAGGCGAUUAUUGACAGCCCUCAGUUUAGUUCCAGUCUUGAUUCUGUUGUGAGUGCAGCAAAGGGGAAACUAGCCCCAGAGUAUGCCAAGUUCUUUGCUGAGGAUUUGAGUUCAGGCUGCGAUAGAGUCAGCUGGUCGACGUGGAUAUAUAAAGCAGCCAACAUAUUUCAAGAGGAGCAGUAUCUCACUACCGCGCACCGCACAAGGAUGAAUGCUCUGGUUGAUGCCAUGAACUCCAAAUUGGCAGCUGCUGUGCAGAGAACUGGUCCGAUGGUGUCAUUUGUCAACUAUGACCAGUAUGUCGGAACAUGGGGUGGGCGAUUCUGUGAAGACGGCGUCGACGAGUCCACAUCUGAGAGCAAUACACGACCUGGCUUGAUGUUUUAUGAGCUUAACAGUUGGGAUCCUUUCGGAUCUACUCCGUGGAAACGUAGCAAUGAUGAUCCUCUGAAUGGAACAUUCAAUGGCGAACAACAAGUCUUUGCACAGAUCACGCUUCUUCUUGAUCCAAAUGCCACAUUCUUCCAACAAGAAGCUAAUAAUGCCGCGCCGAAGCUAGCAAUCCAAUCAAACAGGACCAGGCCCGUUCAAGAUCUGGAAAUACCAGCAGUCCAAGUCCCCAGCCUUUUGCCUGAUGGGUAA